GGCGAACAACCUUAUGGUGUGUUUAGCAAUUACUACUAUCCCAUUAAAUUGAAGGUUCGGAUACCGAGGGAGUUAGCAUCUAACGGUCAAGUAGUUUCCGAAAAGGGUUUUUUAACCGAAGAAUUGGAGUUUUCCAGUAGCGAAGCGCUUUUUCACGCUUUAAAAUUUACCCAAAAAGACAAAGAGAGAUUAGACAUAAUUAAUCAAAUCAAAAAUCUUGACCCUGAAAAUUCCAAGAAAACUGCUGGACAACAUGAUAAAAAGGAUUAUGAUACCGAAAAUUGA